CCUUGAUUGAUUGAAGCAAUAGUCAGAAAGACAGAAGCAAAGUCAGACAGCGUUCAAGAAACACAGUCGUUGCGGGAAUCGUAAGCAUGGACAAGGUGCUCGCCUUCUCCAUCCUGAGCGCAUCACCGGCCGACAUCACCCCGGGCGCGGUCGCCGGCAGCAGUUGGGCUCGGCUCUCCUGGCGGGGGAGGAAGCUGCAGAAGGACGACCAGGCUAGAGCUGGGCAACAAAGAAAACAGGGCCGUCUGCCGAGGAAAAUAGAGCAGCGGCCGGGCAAGGGGAAAUCACAGUCGCCCUCGCCGACGCGGCUGCGGUUCGCGCCGGAGUUCGAUGGGAUUGACUGCUUCGACACCAUCGUGUGCCAUUAAUCGGUGCAUCGCGAGCCACGGGUGUGACCAUUAAUUCUUUCUUGGUUUGAUCGCCAGAUGAUCGGUGUGUUCACUCCAUACGUUGUUGACUUGUGCUUCUAACUGAAGCCACAUGUUGUGUACAGAAUACAGAGUGAAUUGUAGAGACUUGUGUCCGUCGUGUUCUUCAUAUGGGAGCUAUUUGUCCGUGAUUCUUUGGAUAAACUUUUGCUGUCUACAUAGCUAAGGAAGAAAUUGCUGCUGGCGUAGUUAAGGUCAAACGUGGUAGGGUUGUUCAAACAAACAAAUCUAGAACUGUACACGUGUCAAUUGCAUGUCCCUCGCACAAUUACCCGAUCGUCUUUAUUAUCCAAAGGUGAAGUUGGUCAUGAACGACAUGUACAAGCAUACUGUUCAUUCUGGUGGUCCCACUGAUUGGUCACGAGUAUUUUUGUACAUCGCGUUGGCCAGCCAGACUGAGACUGCAACCGUGCAACGGACAAGGAGAAGCUGCUGAAGGAACUAG